AUGGGCGAACACUCGUCACGUUCGCAUUCCCCAAAGGUCACCACCUCACGACCCCGCGUGAUCGGUCGCCCUGCCAGCGCAAUGCCUACUCCCCGACCGGCUUCCGCAGCCUCCUCUGCGGCGACGUUGGCUCCACUUGGGAACCACAACGAUAACGUCCCCGACUCUCCCCAGUCCGUCCUGUCGCCCGUGCAGGGCGCACCAAAGCUCAAGAUCAAGUGUGCAACCACUCCCGAGGCGCGGUCCCGUGUCCUUGUCAAGCCCCGAGGACCGCCGCCACCGCGCAUGAAGCCGCUCAUCCGUGAUGUCGAGGACAACUGGGUUAGCGGCACCACAGAACAUCAGGCCGUCCUGGAUGCCAUGGAACCUGCUCCUAUACUUGAUGCGUCGGAAACGGUGCUCGUAUCAGUCCGUGUUCGUCCCCACAACAGCACCGAGCUGCGACUGGACCCCACGUCAGCAUGGUACACAUCUACAUUCAACGACCGCAUGAUCAAACUCACCAAGGGUCGUGAUGGCCAGCGCGAUAACCGCGAAUGGAACUUUGACCGUAUCCUUCCCCCAGAGACCGACAACGCCAAGAUUUAUGCCACUUCGGCCAGGGCACAUGUCAGAUCUGCCAUGGAGGGCUACAAUGCCGUCGUGUUUGCAUACGGCCAGACGGCAUCCGGCAAGACUUUCACUCUUACAGGUUCACCAACCAACCCCGGUAUCAUUCCUCUGGCCAUUUCGGACCUCUUUGCCCAAAUCAGGGCCACUCCUGACCGCGAGUUCCUGCUGCGCGCAUCCUACCUCGAACUCUACAACGAGACCAUUAUCGACCUUCUCUCACCCGAGGCUGGGCGUGAGCUCUCGAUUUCCGAGGGACGGAAGAAGGGCGAGAUUAUCAUCAAUGGUCUCACCGAGUGCGCCGUGCGUACAGAGGACGAGGUGCGCAAGCUCAUUCGCUUGGGCGAGGAACGUCGCAAGGUCGGUGGCACGGACUGGAACCAGCCGUCAGACGGUACUCGGACUCCAGGCCGUGACAAGACCACUCGCAUUUCGACCUUGUCCAUUAUCGACUUGGCCGGUUCAGAAAGGCACACCAGCUCCAAGGAGCGCAAUGCCGAGGGCAAACACAUCAACCAGUCGCUUCUCACUCUGAAGCUGGUUAUUUCCAAGCUUGCCGACAUGGCAUCCAAGCGCCAAGUCACGCACGUCCCUUACCGCGACAGCAAACUCACUCGUCUGCUGCAACCGUCGCUAUCCGGUGAUGCGCUCAUUUCGGUCAUUUGCACUAUUUCACCGGCGUACGUCAACCUCGCCGAGUCCAUCUCGACCCUCUCCUUUGCUCAGGGCCUCAAGCGGGUGAUGCUGUCGGCCCAGCGCAAGGAGGUGGUGGAUCCCGAGGCCCUUAUCCAGCAGUACCAGAGCGAGAUUGCCGACCUCAAGGCGCUCCUCCGUGAAAAGGAGCUGACCCCUACCAACACCGCAACGAGUAAGAGCGACAGGCGAAAGACCCAACAGAAGAAUCAAGAGAUGGAGAGCCGUCUCAACGAGCUCAAGAGUCUUAUCCUUACAUCGGCCUCGAUCGAUGUCGCAUCCCACGCCGCAGGUUCCGCUACUCCAAUGGCACGCCCACUCAGCCCCACCAAGCUCAAGUACCCCAAGCUCGACUUGGCAAAGUCGACCAGUGGCCUUCAAGAGGAGCUCCACAGCGCCGAGCUUCGCAUCACCGAACAAGAGGACGAGAUUGCCCGCCUCAAGGCAGAGCUCGACGUCCGUCCCGUGAACCCCGAUGAGCGAUGCCUUAAGCUGCAGGACGAGGUCAACCAGCUGCGCAUGAUUGCGGACGACUAUGAGCGACACCUGCGCGAGCCGUCGCGCAAGGUCCGCGAAGACGUUGACAAGGAAUGGAACGCAAAGCACAAAAAGGUGCUUGACCAGCUCGAGAGCAAGACCAUCUGGGCAAACCGCCUGCAUAACAACAUGAUUGUUAUUGAGGAGGAGAAGCGUAUGCUUCAUACACGGUGCAAGGAGGCCGAAGCCAAGGUCCUCGCCGUGUUUGAGUGGGUCAACGCUGCUCUCACCGAGGACUCGGACGACGUCGAGGAAUACCCAUACUCAUCCGCGUCGCCCUUCACCCCCUCGUCAACAGCAGCAGCAACGACCCCCACCGCCAAGCUGCCUCCAGGUCAUGGCGACUUUGGCCCCGGCGUUGCAGGUGCGGCCGAGAAACUCGCCUCGCUCACCAUGAACGCGUCCCGUAUGCGCAAGUCGGGAGUCAACCAACGCGACCUCCAGACCGAGUUCAAGGACUGGUUCCAGGGCAGCUUGUCGCGCCCACCCCGUGGAUCUCUCUUGCACACCGAGACGAUGCCAGUGUUGGCGGACGUGGACGACGACGUGUUUUAG